GCGAUUGUUGUGACAGAGUGUCCCCGAGAGAGUAUCGUGUCGCGUCUGGUCGAGUAGUGUUGUCAUCGUCGUGGUCACCUCUUUCAGCCAAUUGAGGCGAGUCGGAAGCAGUAAGUCGAGAGUCGCGAUUAAACAGGGAACACGAUCGAGACGAGGAACGUCGGUGUCGUCGCGCUGCUGUCCCCUGGCAAGCGGGGAUCAUGAAGUUCCAAUACAAGGAAGAGCAUCCGUUCGAGAAACGGAAGGCCGAGGGUGAGAAGAUACGACGGAAAUACCCUGAUCGCGUGCCUGUGAUAGUCGAGAAGGCACCAAAAGCAAAGAUAAGCGAUUUGGAUAAGCAAAAGUACCUGGUACCAUCUGACCUCACUGUCGGUCAGUUUUACUUCCUAAUCCGCAAAAGGAUUCAUUUACGUCCCGAGGACGCCUUAUUCUUCUUUGUCAACAACAUCAUUCCCCCAACAAGUGCAACUAUGGGUUCUCUUUAUGCGGAACAUCACGAGGAAGAUUUCUUCUUAUACAUAGCCUACAGCGAUGAGAAUGUGUAUGGUAACUAAACCUUCUGGGACGAGCAAAUUGCCAAAACAAAAAGAAAGGAUUCAACAGCAAAAAUCGACCAUCUCAACGUAGUCCUCAUAGACGCUUUCGAAAGUGUAUACAAAAUUACAUCUAUCAAAUACACUAUGUGUAAAAAUUUAUGUCUGGAAACUGCACACUACAUUUGCUUCUACAAAACAUAACUGUCCACAUAACUGUCCCUUAAGGAUAAAAAAGAAAAGAUAUUUCUCUUCUUAAUUCCAUUCUGUCUCUGCCACCUGAGAGGGCUUAGGUCACCGUAGGAUGUAAGAACGUCUAACCCAUGCAGAAUUAUGUGAUUGUAUGUAAUACUUAGUCAUUGAGGGAGCAUUGGCCAUUGAAGAAAAGGUGAAAAAAACGAAAAAAAAAAAUAAUCGAGUGGAAAAAAGUCUUUGUAUUGCCAAAUAGAACUUGCUGUUCAUUUAUGUUUUAAUGCACAUUACGACGACUCUAUGAAUUUAUCAUUGUAUUAGAAAUUUGGAAUAUUUUAUAGAUGACAGAUAUAUCAGACUUGUGUACGCGACAUUAUCCUCGAUUUAGGCUAGUGUUAUUCUUUUACAUUAUUACAUCAUUUGGUCACAAGGAAGAAAAAAAGCGACGAAUUGUUGGAUAUGUAAGCAGGAGGGAAAAUUUUCUGUAAUGGCUGAAUGUAAAGCCAAUAAAAAAAGUUAAAACGCGA